AUGGAGGUCUUCUACUUCAACUCCUCCAUCCUCUAUAUCCAUAAUCCAUCAAAUAGCAGCGUUGGGACGAGUGAAAUGACCUUGUACGAGCAAUGUAAGCAGAUGCCUCAGGUCCUGAUCUUUUAUCUGACUGUACAGUUCAUCAACAUGCUCCUGGGGAUCCCUGCUAACCUGACGGUGUUGUGGCUCCUUCGCAAGAACAAGGGGGACUCCUCCACCUCCGACAUCUUCAUCCUCCACCUGGCCAUCCUGGAUACCUUCUUCUGCCUCAUCCCACCCCUGGAAUUCGCCAACUUCGUCUAUCUUACCAACAGCAGCUCCUGGGAAACACUGAACUUCUUCUACGGAGUGAAAGACUGUUCGCUCCUCUUCCUCACCUGCAUCUGUCUGGACCGCUACAUGGCUGUCCUGCACCCCAUCACCUUCACUGAGCUGAAGGACCGAAGCCACCGCACGGUGUGUGUCGCUGUGGUGUGGCUCUCCACCCUGGCCUACGCGGCAGCUAGGAGUUUGGGUAAAAUCCCAAACUUUGAGAAGGUCUUCGUCGUCAUGAUCCUGGCAGCUUUUGCCAUCAUGCUCUUCUGCAAUGUGGCCAUCCUGCGAGCUCUUCGCCAGUCAGGCCCUGGCCGUGACAAGAUGCACCCUGUCAAGAAGAGGGCCUUCAAGAUGGUGCUCAUCAUCCUGGGCAUCAUCGUCUUCAACUACUUCCCACCUGUAGCACUCAUGCCCUUCAGGGAGUAUUUCUCCUGGGAAAAGUUCUACUGCUUUGUCUACCCUAUAGCCUUUGUCUUCAUGGACAUCAGCAGCAGCAUUCAGCCCGCUCUCUACCUCUCCCAGGAGAAGACUCCCUGUGUCCUUUGCUGUUGCCCUAAGGAGCAAGACUCAGGAUCCUCCAAGGAUCCAAGCUGA